UGGUGCUGCAGCUCCACCUGCUGGUCACAGGUAGUAACAGCUGCAGAGGAGGAGAAGUGUUGAAGAUGGCGACUGGAGUCCUUCAGAGAGUCAGCGGUGGUCUGGGUCGGGCUAAAAGCAGGGCCCUGUCGGCCGGACAGCUCGUCGUGUUGAGCAGGGGUUUUGCAACAUCAAGCAGCAGAGAUGGACAGGACAGCUGGUUUAAGUCGCUGUUUGUGAGGAAAGUUGAUCCCAGGAAAGAUACACAUGCCAACCUACUGACCAAAAAUGAGGAAAGUAACCUGUACAAAAUUCAGUUCCAUAAUGUCAAGCCAGAGUGCCUGGAUGCGUACAACAAACUCUGUGAGGAUGUUCUGCCCUCCAUCCAUGCUGAUAAGUACUACCCCUGUGAGCUGGUGGGCACCUGGAAUACCUGGUAUGGAGAACAAGACCAGGCUGUUCAUCUGUGGCGUUACAGAGGUGGAUACCCGGCUCUUACAGACGUGAUGAACAAGCUCAAGCAGAACCAGGAGUUCACAGCUUACAGGAAGGAGCGAGGUAAGAUGCUGAUGUCUCGCAGAAACCAGCUCCUGCUGGAGUUCAGCUUCUGGAACGAGCCUGUUCCCCGAGAGGGCCCCAACAUCUACGAGCUCCGGUCCUACCAGCUCAGGCCAGGAACCAUGAUCGAGUGGGGUAAUUACUGGGCCAGAGCCAUCGGAUACCGCCAGCACAACAGAGAAGCCGUGGGAGGGUUUUUCUCACAGAUCGGCAACCUCUACAUGGUCCAUCACCUCUGGGCGUACAAAGACCUGCAGUCCAGAGAAGACACGAGGCACGGUGCCUGGCAGCAGGAUGGCUGGGACGAGGUGGUGUAUUACACAGUUCCUCUCAUUCAACAUAUGGAUUCCAGGAUUAUGAUCCCGACAAAGGCUUCCCCGCUGCAGUGAGACGAGAGACGAGCUGGAAGCUGAAAAAUCAAGUGGCACCCUCCUUUUUGAAUGUUACAUCCACCCAGACCAUCGAUAUCACUGUUUCAACCUCCUGUCAGUGCUGCCAAACAUCCCUUCUCUUUUCUUGUCCUUGCUUUAUUAUUUCAAGAUGUCACCGGGACAGAGGAGGAAACUAUCAACAACUAGAAUAGUCAAAACUACUUACAGGCCUUGGCGAUGCACAACUUUUGGUCAAUUAAAACCUCCUGAUGGUCGUUAUGUCUGACGUCUGGUGCCACAUUAAAACUGGUCCAUGAAGAGAGCUCAUCUCUAAGUUUAGAACCAACCAAAGUUACUUGAAAAGACGAGCAGCUGUUUGGUGUGUAAGUAGAUAGGAAUAAUAUCGCUGCGGAAGCUCACUGCAACAAUGCAGUAGCUGUAUUUAUUUAAUGUAAAUUUGGAAUACAUAUGUUUCAAGUGUGCUUAGGAGCCAUGCCAUUGCUUAGUGGAGUGAAAGGACGCCUCUGUAUAUUCAUGAAAACUGUUUUUCUGUUGCUAAUUAUAAUGAUGAUAAAGUACGUCAUGGUGUAAAAUGGAAACCUCAUUUUAUAUUUGAUUGAGGUCUAUUAUAAAUCAAACAUUUUGUUUUGGAAAACUACUCCUUUCAGUUGCUUUUUUGGAUGUUCCUAGGUUCCCUGUCAUGGUAGUGUUACGGUUUCAUGGUGCUGUGUUUGUAACUAUGGCUCCUACAUUUUUCUUGUGAAGAUAGCAUGCCUGGUUUUAAAACCGGUUUUUAAUCCAACAUGUUUUAAUGGGGCGUAACUAUCAUGUUAUCCAUCAGUGGCUGAGUGAAUCUGGCACUAAGUGGGCAUACUGCUGCAUAUUUAUUGUUAAAGGAAGCAUGUUUAUCUCAUCUGUCUGUUCAUCGGUUCAUAGGGAACAGUGUGGAGGGGAGGACAAGAACGCCGACACAGAUUAAAGCAAUUCAAACCA